AUGGAGCCAGAAAUUGCUAACCAUGACCAUAAAUCAGCUACUGUAGCUGAGUUGCAGCGUCUUCUAGUGACAUGUUGGGAUGAAAUCACAGUGGAUUACAUCAAUAACCUCAUCCAUGUCACAUCGCCUUGCAGAGAAAAAUACAAGUGUCGAGAAAAGUGGCCUGAUGUGAUAUCAGAGCGAGCCUUCAACUUAUGUCUAGACAUUGUGCUGUUAGUUGUUCCACUCUUUGUCAUGACACUGACGUAUUCCUGUGUGGUCUGUACCUUAUACCAGGGAAUUAAAUUAGAGGAAUUGGGUCAUAGUGACGAGUCAAACCCCAAUCUCAAUGCUGGUCAGCCAUGUUUGACAUCAGAAAAACAUCCACUAACUAGAAGUAGGGUAGUUCGGCGCAAAGAACCUUCGAAAGGUUCAAUAACGGAUAGAAUUCGUCCAAGAGAUAAUGCUGAAUGGCUAUCAAUGGAAAACCUUAGUCCAAAAGAUGACAGACCACAUACAAUGUUGGGUAGCUUCUUUAGGCAAGAUAAGACAAAAAGUGGCCAUAUUUUGUGUCCAAAAACCAACAUUAAAAAGACAGAAGAAGAAAAACGCAAAGUGGUCAAGAUGCUGUUUGUCGUUGUUUUGGAGUUCUUCAUUUGUUGGACGCCACUUUACGUCAUAAACACGUGGUCUCUGUAUGAUCAUCAAAGUCUGUAUAGCAAAGUUGGGCCUGACACAAUUUCGGCAAUUCAGCUUCUAGCUUACACCUCUUCCUGUUGUAACCCAAUCACAUACUGCUUCAUGCACAACAAGUUCAGACACGCCUUGCUGGCUAUCUUUGGAUUGAAGAAGGUCAGGCGCCCAAGUCAGGCUAGUGACCUUGCUACUUUAAACAGUGGAUUCAGUCUACGAAACUCCACGAGGACAGGACCUGCUGUCAGAAAACCAAUACCUGACAACAACAAACUUGUAACAGACGGUCGGAGGAAGUAA